CAUUUAACUACUACAAGCAUGUCACGCUCAUUGCCUAAUAUUUUAGUGACCGGUACACCUGGUACAGGCAAGACCACCACCAGCGAAAUGAUUGCACAAGUGACAGGUUUGGAUCAUGUCAAUGUGGGAGAACUUGUGAAGCAAAAGCAACUUCAUGAAGGAUACCUUGAGGAGUUUGACACUCAUGUUUUAGACGAAGACAAGCUUCUCGAUGAAUUAGAGGAAAUUUUGAAGGAAGGAGGUAAAAUUGUGGAUUUUCAUACGUGCGAGAUUUUCCCAGAAAGAUGGUUUGAUCUUGUACUUGUGCUUCGAGCAGAUACAGCUAGUUUAUACGAUCGUAUGUCAAAGCGUGGAUAUAAUAAGCGCAAGAUGGAUGAAAAUAUGGAAUGUGAAAUCAUGCAAGUCGUGUUAGAGACUGCCCAUGAAUCUUACGCACCAGAAAUCGUGAUUGAAUUACCCAGCAACACUAUUGAUGAUAUGGAAUCCAACGCUGAUCGUGUUAAGCAAUGGUUGGAUGCUUGGAAAGUCAACAACCAAUAAAAAAAAUGGUUUUUUUUUAGAAAUGUAAAU